AUGGCAUCUGGAGACAAGCAUGAACUCAACGAGCCUUGGGCUAUAUGGGAGCAGCGUGAACAAGGGAAGAACAUGUCAUAUGCUGACAAACUUUUUAAACUCUGCACUUUCAGCACCGUUGAAGAGUUCUGGGGCUACUGGAACAAUAUUCCAUCACCCAGUCAGGCGCUAUUCGACGGUUUUACUCGAAAGAAAUUCGCAGAUCGAACAGUGGAGGGGUUUGCUGUCUUUAAGGACGGCAUUGUGCCCGAGUGGGAGGAUCCGGAGAACAAAAAUGGUGGCGAGUGGUCCAUUCGGAAAGAGGUGGGGGCGGAGGAGCUGGAUGAGUUCUGGGAAAAGCUAGUGCUAGGUGCCAUUGGUGAACUGAUGGACCCGGGCAAUGAAGUAACAGGUGUUCGAGUCAUCCACAAGAAUAACACGAAGGAUAGAAAGGAUUUGGGUAACAACUACCGCUUUGAGAUCUGGCUUCGUGGCGCUAGCCGCGCCGCGGCCGAUGAGAUCCGCAACAAGACCCUCGAGGUUGUCAAUUCGGGUAGUUUGGGUGCACCGUGGGUGUCUAAUGAAUUUUCGAAUCUGCUGUCGUCACGGCGCAAGCUCUUGUACGGGUUAUUCGCCUUUGGACCUGGGACUAUAUUAGGACUGUACCUGUACUCUGUGAAAAAGCGGAUGCAACGGGAGAACGGUGUCAUGCGUCGGGAAAUGGUAGAAAGUGAGCUGAAUGACGUCCAGGAACGAUAUGACAAGGAUUUGGUGCUGGCCAAUGCUGUCCAAGAAAUACGUGACCGUCUCCGACGACUGGAGGAAGAGGCUAUUGUUAGUAGACAGAACACUGCGACGGUGGCAACCGCUGCCAGUAGUAAAGCGGAUAAAGUGAAGAUGCAGCCACGUAAGGAGAUGUCACCUCCAAGUGAGAGCAAGAUUGAAGUGGCAUUGGCUGUGCUCAAGUCCAACGAGAAGUCGGAUGACCAAAAGGCAGGGUCCUUGCUUAGUAGACCUACGUCGUCGGUUGGAGGCUCACAAGGACGCAGAGACCAACGUCAUCAAGAAAGGCUACAGCAGGAUGUUGCAGCGCACAUUGCCAAGCAGAAAGAGUGA